AUGACGGCGAUUAGAUCGCUCAAGCAGCGUAUUUCCAGAGAGGCGAUAGACGUGGAGUACGGAAGCACCAACAAAACAGAAAAAUGGAUCUCGUGGGCAAGCAUCAGGAGCAUAAUCACGGAAACGGCUGGUGAUGUAGUCGGCGAACUGACAACGGACAAACGCCUCGCCAAGAGUUUGAAGACGUUUGCCCUCUCAAAAGCACGGCGACUUCUUGCUCUUCUGGUCUACACAAAAUGCGAGGAAUGGUUCGAGCUGUUCUACCGCAACGACUUCGGCGACGAAAUGUUUCCUAUCGAAAUCGUCGGCAAGGGCAGCCAGCGCGCCGUGGAGUCGACGAAAACGGGGAAGAGGGCUGAUUUCCUCGAGGAGCAACUUGGGGAUUGUGAGAUCGAAUCGAUAUGCGAUAUGUGGCAGUGGAUGUUCUUCGUCCCAGUCUUCAGUCCCAACGACAAAACUGCGAGCGUCUUUCAUUGGCGGUGCCGGCUGCCUUUUAUAAAAGAGUACAAUACUUACGAUUCAAACUUCAGCUCCGUCACACAUCUUGUCAUGCAUCGCGAUCACCUGAAGUUCGAACAUGAUGAUCAGAUUGGUGCUGUUUUAGACAGUAAUGGAAAUCCUCAUGUGGCCGUUAAGAAGCUUCUAGCCCGGGGCACCCCUGAAAAGUUUCAGAAAGUUGUCGAAAACGAGGCAUCGGUUCUAGGCCGUUUCCAGGACCACAACCACCCGCACUUCAUCAGAGCGAUUGCAAGAUACACUCAGGAGAACCACCAUUACUUCAUCUUCCCCUGGGCCAAAGGAGGAAACCUCCGAGAGUUCUGGAAGAAUCAACCCAGCCUGAGCAGUGCAUCGCCCAACUUUAGCUCCCACGACUGGGAUGUUUACAUCAGGUGGUUCUUUGACCAGUUAGUUGGCCUUGCCGAUGCCAUCGAAAAGCUACACUAUCCAGCCAACCAGUAUGGUGUAUCAUGCCGCCACGGAGACCUGAAACCGGAGAACAUCCUCUGCUUCGGCUUGCUCAAUUCGGGCCCCGGGAAAAUCCCCAAGGGCGCUAAGCUUGUUAUAGCCGAUGCCGGACAUGCGAAAGUCCACGAAAAGGUUACGGAGCUUCGACAUGACACUACGAAUACGCCAACUGGCACAAAUACCUACAAACCGCCAGAAGUUGUGUACCUAUCCAAGGACGCUAGAUCAAGACGAUACGAUAUUUGGUCUCUUGGCUGUUUAUACCUUGAGUUUCUCAUUUGGAUCCUGUAUGACAAUGAAGGGCUCCGAAAGUUCCGUCGCGACAUUGGAGUUAAUGAGCCCUUGUUCAGAGAACACCCAGAAAUGGCGGUAAAGGACAUGGUUCGAAAGUGGAUCCAAUACAUCAAAGAAGACCCUCGAUGUUCAUCGGCCGGGCCGACAGCACUCAGACGUUUUGUGGAACUCAUUGAAAGCAGGCUCCUAGUCGUCAAAAUCAUAAUACGCCACGACUCAAAAUCGGAAUUUGAGGCAACAGAUUAUUCAAAGGAACAUGCUGAAUCGUCUUACGCAGAAGGCAGUGUUCCCUGGCCUUUGGUGACACGUCCAACAUUCGAGAUUGAUGCCAACGAGACGGAGCGGGCCGAUGCGAGAGAAAUGCUCAAGGAGAUGCGCAAGAUACGCGAAGCAGCAAACGGCGCUUCCCUCCCGUGGAUCAAUUGGGACGGUAUAGCAAAACCAAGGUCACCUUGGCCCACGGCCAGCCUCGACACUCGCAGCCGAGCGGGUUCUCUCAGGGGAAGUGACAGCCUGAUGCCGCAAGCAAGGGUAUAG